GAUGGCUCAUAUUGAAAAAUCCUACAGCCAAUUUCUAUUUUUUUAAGCUUGGCUUGCAUACAGUUUCAGGAUCGAGUCAAGAAAUGUCAACAACACCACUUAAACCCAAAUUGUUGAAUUAUUAAGUUAUUAUAUUGUGGAAUGUGCACAAGGAAACAGCCUGGACCCGAUGCUCUAGUACAGCCCGUGCGCACUGAGAAGACCCCACUCAGACCUGCCAUCGGAUUGACGUCUCCUCAGCAGCAGAGAAGAGGGUAUCACCUGGGAGUGAGAGCAGUCUACGAGGCCCACGGACACAGACGGUAGUGCAAGAGCACAGCAAUUAAACGGCAGAAUCAGCGAGGACAGCGUGGACUUCAAUCGUUGCAUGUGCACGCCUGUGUGCGCAGACGGGCGCACGAGACUAGUUCAAAAUAACACAUGCUUGAAUUAAAUCGCUCAUCACCAUUGCGCGCACGGACAUGAUUAAGGAACGUGCACAUGAUGAGAGGGAGAAGAGGAAUGCGGCUAUUAUGAAUUAAUAAACCUCAUAUUCAGACGAUAGUUUUUUUUUAUCAAGCAAAACAAGGAUUCCGCCUCGCCAUGGAGAACCAAGUCACCGAGCUGCAGCAGGAAAGCUACGAGGACGUACGGAAAAGCGGCUAUCUCCGCAAGCAGAAAUCUAUGCACCGGCGAUUCUUCGUAUUAAGGGCGGCAUCGGAACAGGGCCCCGCUCGACUCGAAUAUUAUGAGAACGAAAAGAAAUUUCGCAGUAAAUCACCUGUCCCUAAAAAAGCACUCAAUCUGGAGACUUGCUUUAACAUCAACAAGCGGGCGGAUUCCAAGAACAAGCACAUGAUAGUGAUGUAUACCCGCGGGGAGAGCUUUGCCAUCGCUGCAGACAGCGAGGAAGUCCAAAACGAGUGGUACCUGGCCAUGCUGGACCUUCAAUGUAAAUGUAAAACCCCUGAAGACUGUGGCAGUGGAGGUGAGUGUGGCUUCCCCUCCCCCGGCCCCGCCUUCAAGGAGGUGUGGCAGGUGAAGGUGUGGCCUAAGGGGCUAGGCCAGGCCCGGAACCUGAUCGGCAUCCACCGUUUGUGCCUGACUGACAAGACGGUGAACUUUGUGAAGCUCAACUCGGACGUAGCCGCCGUGGUCCUACAGCUGAUGAACGUGCGCCGCUGCGGACACUCUGAGAACUUCUUCUUCAUCGAGGUGGGCCGAUCGGCCAUGACGGGACCGGGGGAGUUCUGGAUGCAGGUGGAGGACUCUGUGGUGGCCCAGCACAUGCAUGAGACCCUGCUGGAGGCCAUGAAGGCCCUGAGCGAGGAGUUCCGGCAGCGGAGCAAGUCCCAGACCGUGGGGGCCUCGGGGGGCGGGGGGACCGCCUCCAACCCUAUCAGCGUCCCUAGUCGCCGCCACCACCCCAACCUGCCCCCCAGCCAGGUGGGCUUCUCCAGGAGGGCCCGGACCGAGACCCCUGGCGCCGGGGGAGGGAACAGCACCAGCACGUCCCCCACGCCACGCCAUGGAUUCCCCAGGGCCAGGACCGCCAGUAUUGGGGGUCGGGCGGAGGACGGUGGGACCUCCACCAGGGGGGCUUGGGCGAGCUCCAGCCCCAGUCUAAACGGAUCCUGCUCCACCACCCCCACCUUCAGGCCCAAACCCACCAGGGCUCCCACGCCCGCCAAGAUCACCCUCAGCUUGGCUCGCUACACCCCCAACCCCACUCCCUCCCCGGCUCCAAGCCUCUCCUCCAGCUCGGGCCACGGCUCCGAGUGUGGGCUGGUGGGGGCGGCGGUCGGAGGGGUAGCAAUCUGCUCCUACACCCGCAUCCCACAGAGAGUGUCCGUCUCUGGGUCUCCCAGUGACUACGGCUCCUCAGAUGAGUACGGCUCCAGCCCAGGGGAGCACUCCCUCCUGGUGCCCAGUCUGCCCGGGGGUUCCCACGGUGGGCUGGGUCUCCACGCCUAUGGAGAGGUGUCCUCCAGCUACAUAGUGAUGGGCCAAAGGGAGGGUCUCCCCGGCUCUCACAAGCACUCCCAGGGCCGCAGGGUCCUGCGUCGCUCGUCCAGCCGCGAGUGCGAGGCGGAGAGGAAACUGCUGAGCAAGAGGGCGUCCCUGCCCAUGUCUGCCCAGGAGCGCCUCGCCCCGCGCAGGAAGGACGAGGAAGAGGACGAGGACGAAAAGUACGCGGUGAUGUCGAGGAGCGUCAGCCGGGAGGCCCUCGUCUCGUCGCGGGGUUCCGGGGGAGAGCGGGGCAGGGCGAGGGCGGUAGGGGAGGCCCGGGGGAGGGAAGACCCGGGGAGGGGCGAGCCGGGAGGAGGGAGAGGAGGCGGGAAAGUGGACAGCGGCUACAUGUCCAUGCAGCCCGGCGUGACGGAUCCUCCCGCCUCCCUCCCGCUCUCCGUCGCUGUGUCCGAGUCCUGCGCUAAACCCGAUGACGAGUACAUGGCCAUGACCCCCAACAGCAGCGUCUCCCCCCCCCAGCACAUCCGCCCGCCGGUGUCCGAGGGAUACAUGGUGAUGUCCCCCAGUAGCAGCUGCUCUCCCGACCUGCACGGCAUGGCCAUGUGGGGCAGCAGGGGCAGCAUCGAGAGCCGAGCCGGCAGCGACUACAUGAACAUGUCCCCCAUCAGCAUCCGCUCCGCCUGCAGUACCCCUCCCUCGCACCAGGAGCAGCACCCCCUCCAGCCCAAGAUGGCCUGCUCCUACUUCUCCCUGCCACGUUCCUACCAGCACACGCUCUCCACUCGCUUCGAGGAUGACCUGGGCCAGUGCAAAGGCAAGCAGGGCGGCGGUGAACGCGAUGGUUCUAGGAGCAGAGGAAAGCAGGGGGGUUACAGCAAGAGAGACAAGGCCAACGUGGGGCAUGGGGGAGCCGGCCCUCUCUCCCUCUCCUCCUCCUCCUUCUCCUCCAGCUCGGCCAGCAGUGAGAGCCUGGAGGACAAGCCUAUGUCUGUGGCAGCUAGCGGGGUGCUACGGCUAACCAGAAUAGGCCCGGGGUACAGGAGCUCAGGAGCGCGCUCCAAAGAAGGGAGCCACCAGCAGAAACGUGGGUCCGGUGGUACGGGGCCUCAGCACCAGAGGAAGGGCCGGCCCAUCAGCGUGUCUGUGGACAUGUCUAAAGCCAACACGCUGCCCAGGGUGAAGGAGAGCCUCCUUCCUGCCGCCUCUCAGAGUCCAGGCGAGUACGUGAGCAUCAUGUUCGGGGGGAGCGGGCUGUCGGGGACGCACGGAGCCCCUCGGCCCGUGCACCGCCCGGCGCCGUGCCAGGACUCCACCGGCCUCCCCCGCAGCUUCUCAGCCCCGCUGUCCACCUCUGCUGAGUACGUCAACAUGGACCUGGGGAGCUCCCCCUCCCUGACCCCUGAGGGGUCGUCGUUCAGCUCCCUGCGGGGCCCCGCCGCCCCUCAGGCCCGAGACGAGUGCAGGAGGCCGUCUCCCGCAGCAGCGGAGGGCAGCGGACGGCACAGGACAGCCGCAGCCAUGGCAACCGCGCUGUCGGACUCCCUAUUCACAGAAUACACAGAGAUGGCCUUCAGCCAGGGUGGCCCCGCCCCUUCCCUGGGCUCCGCCCCCUCACGGGGCCCCGUCUCCUCCCUUGGCCCCGCCUCCCCUGUCGGAGCCUCGCUCCGCACCUCAGAGCAGGACCCUGGCCUGGUCAUCUCCACGGCGACAGCCUUCUCCUCUCCUGACAAGGGCGGCCGGCUGGUCAGAGAUGACCCCUUGGGAAGAAGACGCCACCAUUCAGAGACCUUCAUGACCUCCCUGUCCCAGCACCCCUCCUCCUCGGCCCAGUUCCUGGUCGCCUCCGGGGCUCACCAGGGGCUGGAAGCCUCUCUGUGGGAAAACGUUCAGCCAGCCACACCCGCCACACAGUCCUCCUCAGCACUGUCAGCUGAACACGGCCUUAACUACAUCGAUCUGGACCUGGCCAUGAGGGAGAGCCUCCAGACAGGGCUGGAGGGAGCUUCCGCCCCCCACAGCCUCUUCAGCCCCGCCCCUGGGGGGGCCCUGGGGACCAAUGCCAUUGCCAGCCUCAACACCUAUGCCAGUAUCGAUUUCUACAAGUCAGAGGAGCUGAGAGCACAGCAGAACAGUCGGAAGGAUGGCAAAGAAUGUUAAUGACCCAUCUUUUUCCUGAAGACAUUCCUGCUGAAACAGCACCUGUGCUGCUGCUGGACUCAGAAUGGAAUUGGUUGGCAAGGUUCUACGUCUUCCCAACAAACGUCCAAUAGGAAGAGGAGUUGCGUCAGCGAAGACACCCAUCAUACCAUUAUGAACUCUUUUACAUCCUGUCUGUUCGGUGCAAUUUACCAAAUGUGUGCCAAAAGUCUACUGGCUAAAUGACAGGGUUUACUGAAGUGCGAACAUCCAGCCAAUGGAGAGAGAUUAUCAGACUUCCGCCUGACAACUUGGAGUCCUGGAUAUUUUCUUGUUCCUCAACAUAAACUUCAGAAAAUUGUUAUAUAAAUGUGAUAUAUUAUAAUGGUACAUAAGAAAAGAUAUAUCGUAUACAUAAUUAAAGCUACAUAGAUAUAUUAUAUACAUAUAUACUUUUUUAAGAAAGUGCCUCAUUUUUGAUUGUAGCUGUUUUUACACAAGGAAUCUUGAACACCGGUCAACAAGAAAGAAAAAAAAAUGUCAAUGUCCUUUCUUGAAUUUAAUUUGUGUGUUCCAACAAUUGUGAAUAUGUUGAAAAUGACAACGCGUAUUAGAACCUUAUAUUCUACUUGUAAGCUUAAUCAACCUGCCUUACAGUGUCAGUCAGAAGUUGUAGGUGAGUAGAAACCUCUUUACUUUCUGCUGCUCCUCUCACACCUCAGCCUCGCUUCACAUCACAGCUCAAACACACACACAUACACACACUUAUCCAGCUCCCACCAAACACACAUGCGCACACACACACACACACACUUAUACAGGGUACAACAUUUCAGAUGAACUCUAAUGAUUGCCUAAUUUGUAUGGCAGACACUCAUGGUGUCACCCACUUUGAUAUUUCAGUUUUAACAGUAGAUCCAUAUUAAACCUUAAGACUCACUUUCCACACAUACCUCCUCUCCCAUCAGUGCAAAGAUGAUCUCCUUACAGUGAAUAAACAGGGUAAGAUCCACCGCAGUUCCUCUGUGCAUCUGGUCAGGACGCUCAAGUGCCUGGCUAAGCUCUUCAAUGUCCACACUCACUCAGUUACACACUACCAGUUACACUCACUCAGUUACACACUACCAGUUACACUCACUCAGUUACACUCUACCAGUUACACUCACUCAGUUACACUCUACCAGUUACACUCACUCAGUUACACUCUACCAGUUA